UUUCAAAACUAUUGUUUGAUUCGUAUUUGAAACAUCUUGUCGAAUUGUUGAAAACUCCUUUGCCUUAUUAUUGUGUUGCCUUGUCGUCUUUCUGUAUUGAUAAUCGUAUCGUAGUUCUUCAACUGAAGUUACCAGUCUCGUCAGGACGUCAGGUUAACAGAGACGAAUAAAAAUAUAAACAAACAAAAGUUGUAUGGAAAUUAGCGAUUCAUCAGAAGCGGAACAGGCACCUAAAAGACGCCUAGUCGAGUGCGACCUGUGUGGUGGUAUCAAGCGAGCAGACAAGCUCGAAUCCCACCGAAAUGGUCGUAAAUGUCGAAAGUUCUGUGACUUUUGCGGAGCAUCUGUUCAAUCAUCUCAAUACCAAGAACAUAGAGUUGAGCAUACAAUGAACUUAAACUUCGAUCAUGAUACUUCUAUGACUGAAGACCAUAUUUCUAGUAUCCCAAUGGAAGAAGAAAAUCACGCAAACAGUGAAGAUGAUCAAGAUAUUUUGGACAUUUAUAAAGACUAUGCCAAACAUAUAAACACGUUUGUUAGCCGUGGAUCUAUAAGGACGAUACACAACUUCAAGAUUGUUCAAUUAUCAUCUUUAGAGCUGGCUCACUACUUCCAAAUUAUCUUCAAAGAGCAGCGAAAUGCUUUUAAAUUUAACAUUUCAUUAGGGGUUAUUUUAAGAAACCGAGUGACAGGAGAACUGGCGUACUAUCGAAGCUCUCAAAACAAUCAAUUACUCUUUGAAGAAACGCAACUAGUACGCAACUCAAAUGACAAAGAGCUGGCUUUGGACAAACUGCAGAAUCUUGGUCUUAUUGAAGCAGUUGAUCGACCUAACAGUCAGUGGGUGUUUGUUGAAGUAACAAAUGUAUCAUUCUAUGUUUUCAAGCUUCUAGGUAUUCCUAUAGGUUCAUUCGUCGAUUUGCCUCAACAUCUCUUAAGUAAUAAGGGUCUAUAUUCUCUUGUGAAAACUUGGCAUGGCCGCCCAUACUCGGAUAGGAAAUGUUUCUUUAGGUGUCUUGCCUUACGUAAUGGAAGUAAGAUCGAUUCAUUAGAGGGGGCAGCAAAGGGUUUGCUCAAAAAAUAUUGUACGACUGCAUCAAUCAUCAAAUUUGAGGGAGUGACAUUAGAUCAACUUGAAGAGGUAUCCCGUAUCUUUGGAGUUUCCAUCAAAGUGUAUGAGCAGACUGAGGCCGGUGUAACAGAUCUCAUUUUCAGAAGUACACUAGAAAGAGAAAAUCCAUUACUUAUGAACUUAUUUCAGGAUCACUUCAGCUACAUCAAAAUAUUGACUUGUACUCAAAAUCAUUUCGGUGUCCGAAGUGUGAUGCUUUAUGGAGACACCAUGGUCAUUUCAAUAGGCAUCUAAAAACUUGCGAAGCUGGUGUAAAAAGGUUUUAUGGUAGGGGAGCAUUUGAAGUCAAAGAAAGUAUUUAUGAAAAACUGGAAAAGGGAGGAGUUUCUAUUCCUCAAAAGUUAAGAGUGUUCCCUUUUCGGGCAACAUUUGAUGUUGAGUGUAUGCUAUGUAAGGUUUUCUCUCAAGAGGACACCGUUAAGACAAAAUACACUUCAGAACACCAUCUUGUUUCUGUGUCAGUGUGUAGCAAUGUUCCAGGGUUUGAGGAGCCACAAUGCUUUGUACUUAGUGGUGAUGGGAAGCAAGAAGAACUGGUGGAACAGUUCGUAGAAUACUUGAAACAGAUAAGUGAGAAAUCGAGCGAUAUUCUUAAACAAAAAUUCGCAGAAGUAAUCAAAAGUAUAAGUGACGAAAGUUUACUCGCUCAAUUCGUGUCUUACCUUGAAGAGCUCCCAGUUAUCUCAUUCAAUGGGGCCCGUUAUGAUCUCAAUGUUUUAAAGAAAUACUUGAUUCCUGUUUUAGUAAAGUCAGACUCCAUUAAGUAUGUAAUAAAAAAAGGCUCCUCCUAUAUGACCAUAAAAACCGCUGAUUUCAAGUUCCUGGACAUAAUUUUCUACAUAGCACCUGGCUUCAACUACGAUUCCUUCUUAAAAGCAUACAAAGCUGAUCAACAGAAAUCCUACUUUCCGUAUGAGUUUUUGGAUAGUUAUGAUAAGCUUUCCUGUAAGCAGUUUCCUGAGUACGAGGCAUUUUACUCAAGUUUGAAAAAUCAGAACACUUUGGAGCCGACUAAGGAUCUUAAAUUAAGUAACGAAGAGGCUGAAUUGAUCGGCCGAUCUCCAUCUUUUAAAGAUCCCAUCACAAAGAAGAAGGGAAAUGUGUUGGCAUGUCCCGCUACACACAGUUAAUGACGAUGUUUCAAGAUAAUGAUUGGUGUAUAAGAGAUUACCUAGCUUUUUACAACAACUUAGACGUCGGACCAUUUAUUGUUGCACUUGAAAACUUGAGUGGUUAUUACAAAGAACGGGGAAUUGAUGUUUUUAAAGAAGCCUUGAGUGUCCCAGGUGUUGCUGAAAAGCUCGCGUUUAGAACACUGAAGCAGGACGAGGUCUUCUAUCUGUUCAACAAACAAAACAAAGACUUGGUUGAGUUAUUUAGAAACAACAAUGUCGGUGGUCCCUCUAUUAUAUUUGAUAGAUAUCAGGAAGUCGGGGUUACAAAGAUUCGACAUCGAAGUGACGGAUUAGACUGCAAGGCUAUUGUUGGUUUCGACGCGAAUGCUCUGUAUUUAGCAUGUAUGGCAGACGAAAUGCCAUGUGGACCGUAUCUAAGGCGAAAACGGGAAGACAACUACACCAAAAAAUAUCCCAGUCCUUGUUCUGCUGUUUCAAUUGAAUGGUUAAGUUAUAUCGAAGACAAAGAAAAGAUAAGUAUAACACAUGCAAGAAAUGGUACUGAACACAAAAUUGGACCCAAAAGGAUCCCUGUCGACGGAUAUUGCAGGGAGACCAAAACAGUUUACCAGUUUAUGGGAUGUUUCUUUCACGGCUGCCCAAUUUGUAAGAAAGAUAAUCGUGACGAGAAGAAGAACGGUUGGCUUUCAUUGGAUGAAAGGUUUGAGAGAACAGAAAAGACAAGCGAGUACAUUACCGAAAAUGGGUACAGGUUGGAAGUAAAAUGGGAGUGUAAAUGGAAGGAAGAUAAGGCUGCCUUGUCAACAAAGUUGGUAAACAAGUACUUGUAUCCAUUUGAAGAGAAAUACAGACUCACUCAAUCAGAAAUACUUACAGCAGUUGAGGCAGGAACCAUAUUUGGAGCUGUGGAGUGUGAUAUACACGUACCAGAGAUACUUAAAGAUAAGUUUUCUGAAAUGACUCCAAUUUUCAAAAAUACUACGAUCACAGAAAACGAUAUUGGGGAGCACAUGCAAUCAUUCUUAAAAAGUCGGGAUGAACAUUUUAAACCAACACGUUACCUAAUUGGAUCAAUGUUUGGGGAGAAGAUACUGAUCAUCACCCCGCUUCUAAGGUGGUAUUUACAGCAAGGAUUGCUAGUUACAAAGAUCUACCAGCUGAUUCAGUUUAACCCAAAACGAUGCUUUAAAACAUUUGCCGAUGAAGUAUCUGAUGACCGACGGGCAGGUGAUCAAGAUCCUGACAAGAAGAUAGUAGCUGAUACUUCUAAACUUAUUGGAAACAGCGUGUACGGUCACAGCAUAAUGAACAAAGAGAAACACUCAAAAGUGAAGUUUUUGGACAAUGAUAAGGCUUCUAAAGCUGUGAAUGAUCCAUUUUUCAUGGACUUGGAGCAAUAUGAUGAUAACACAUUCGAAAUACGUUCCAAGGUCAAGAAGGUCAAGUAUGAUUUACCAUUACAACUUGGUUUCUUUGUGUAUCAAUAUGCGAAGUUGGCCAUGUUACGAUUUUACUACGAUGUCGUAGAUAAGUUUAUCGAUCGCAAACGAUUUUGCCUGCUUGAAAUGGAUACAGACAGCCUGUACAUGGCACUCAACGCUGCCACUUUGGACGAGGUUAUAAAAGAGGACAUGAGGGAUGUCUGGUUGUUAGAAAAGACAAAGUGGUUCCCUAGGACAGAUACCAAAGCUAAUAUUGCUUACGAUAAGAGGACUCCUGGUUAGUUGCUUUGUUCAAUGUUCAUUUGUUGCAUAAACGCACGCAAAUCAU